AUGCUCGUUACAUUUGACACCAAAGUCAAAAAGAAGUCGAAACCAAAGUUUGCCGCUUCAUCGACGAAAAAAUCUCAGUUUCUGAGAGACAACUUCAAUGUCAUCGAAGACCCAUUGGAGCUUCAAACUCUAUUAAAGAGCAAUAGGUCCAAGAACGGAUGCUUAACGUGUAAAACCCGCAAGAAGAAGUGUACUGAAGAGAAACCAGCUUGUGCUAAUUGUGUAAGGUUGAAACGAGAAUGUAUUUGGAUCGAUCCACUGACCAUGACCCAGGAACAAAUUGAAGCAAAGAAGAGAGACAUUGAACAAAGCAAGAGUCGACACAAACGAAAGCAGCCCGAAGGUCCUCCUACUGAAAAACCACAAAUUUCUGCAAAAAAUGACACUUCUCCCAAAACAUCUGCUAGCUUUCUUGAACUACAGUUUUCCACCACUCCACAAAUUUCCACCACUCCACGGUUCACCAUGGGCACACCAUCUCCAAAGUUGAGCUACUCGCCAGCCCCCGAUCUUCGAGCGUCACCGAUUGAAGAAACGGAAGAACCACGAGAAAUACUAGGACACCCAUUGGUUUCUCUGUCUUCACAAGAACUGCUUCUGGCUUUCCAUAUGUAUCAUGUCGACUUUCCGCCCAAACAAGAGUCUCUGGAAGAGCCCCCAGUAGAAGAGUAUCUGUCUCUGGAAACUCCUCUCGACAUCCCGAAUGCAACCGACCAGCUUGUCACCUAUACCAAAGAACUCACAUCCACCUCAUUGUACGACUUUCUUCGAGAUUUUGGGUACCAGACCAACGGAGACGGAAUCAAACUGUCGGCACAUCAUACCCACGUAAUCUCAGCUACAUCCUCAGCUAUAUCUUUGCCCGAACUUUUGGAACAGGCAGGUUCUAAAUUAUCACCUUCACUUUUCGACCAGUUGGUAACUUCAUUUGCACAUAACGUUUCGACUCCACAACACAGUCCAUCGGUGAUUCCACUUUUGAACCAAGAGGGCUUCUACUUGUACGAUUAUUACCUCAAUACCUUAUCGCGAAAGGUAUCCAUUGCACCUUCUUCGCAAGAUGAAUCCAAUUCUUACCAGAAAGUAUUCUUACCUCUCGCUCACAAAGACGAUGGUGUCCUUUACGCUAUCUUGGCAUGGUCUUGUUUUGACCUUAAUGGCUCAUGGACUCGGAAAGGAAUGCAAUAUAUUGAGGCUGCUCUCAAACAUUUGGAAACUCAUCAUAGCGAAAAUUUGGGCCGACAUCGAUCCAAGAGCAGAGAUUCUCUCAUAUUCAAAUUGGCAUCGCUCUUAAUCAUGUGUAGCGCAGAAAUUUGCCGAGGCGAUGUGAAGAGAUGGCCCUUAUUUCUCUCUUGGGGCUCCAAGAUUCUUUCGGAAAAUGGAGGUAUUUUUAACUUCAAUAAUGACAAGGAAGAGCGCUGGCUCAUCACAGAUUUUGCGUACCACGACUUGCUAGCAAGCUCGUUACGAGAUCGUCAUCCUUACUUCCCAACCCCAGAUUAUGCCAGAUUUUUUAAGACCCUGGAGGCAGUUGGUCAAGGCGGACUCAAUCCACUUUUGGGAAUUUCAAAAAUGUUGUACCCUAUAAUUGGUGAUAUUAACACAUUAGCUUUCGAGAGUCGACGUGCAAGUAAUCAGUUGCUGGACAGCUUUCAAUCAGACAUUGUGGACGUUGAUGACGACUUGCGUAACCGGGUUAUCUUGCCUGUCCAAGAUGUGCUCAUGAAAUGUCGAAGACUUGAUGCACAAAUUGAUGGAGCAAAACCCGAACCAGAAGAUUUGGUGAAUUUAACCGAUGAGGAACUCGAACAUCAACUCACGAUUUUUGAAACUUUUCAAUUGACUGCAAAAUUAUUUCUACGUCAAGCUGUAUUGCGUUGCAGCCCACGACAUUUGGAGAGUCAAGUGCUAACGGUUGAUUUACUAAAAUGCAUUGAUAUCUUAAUCGACACUCCAGCCCAGGCUUCCUUAGUGUUCCCAGUUUUCAUGGCAGGAAUCCAUUCUAUAACUGAAAAAGAUCGCCAAAAAAUGAAGGCUCGCAUCGAUCGAUAUAUGCAAAGUUACGCAGUCACGAGUAUAAGCAGAGUCACCACAUUGAUGGAACGGGUAUGGGAACUCAAUCCAAACGGCGAUGCAGCUAUGGACUGGUUCAAAACCCUUGAAGAAUUUGAAUGGGAUUUGAACUUUUGCUAG